AACGUUAAAGUCAGGCACAUGUCAUUUUUGUUGUCAUUAAAAUUGAGUUACUUGUCAUUGUUAACUUAGAACUUCCAAGCAGCUUUAUUUGUAUUAUUUUGUAUUAACUUUGAUAUUUUUUAAUAAAAAGAACUAUAACAAUUAAAGUUAUUCAUCGUCUACUAAUUAGUUUCGCUAAGUAAAUGUAUCUAUCAUUGCAUUUAUAAUGAUUAAGUAAUUGACUACGUCACUACUCGGAGGGAACUUCUAUAAACCCUGUGAUUAUUUUUGAUAGACGAUGGGUGAUUUAUAUAUUGCAGUUGUGUGUUCGUCCAACAUGAACAGAAGUAUGGAAGCGCACGCCUUUCUAGCUAAAAAAGGCUUUAAGGUUAAAUCAUUCGGAACUGGCGAAAAGGUUAAGUUACCCGGAGCAUCGGCUGAUCGUCCAAACUGUUACGAAUUCGGUGUCCCCUACGACGAUAUUUACAACGAUUUACUAGAAAAAGACAAGGCAUAUUACACUCAAAACGGUCUCCUACACAUGUUAGACAGAAAUCGGAGAAUAAAGCCAUGUCCAGAAAAAUUUCAAGUCAGUAAAGAACGUUUUGACGUAAUUAUUACGUGCGAAGAGAGAGUUUACGAUCAAGUAAUCGAAUGGUUUGGAUCGAAGAGAUCAGUACAUAACCAGCCAGUUCAUGUGAUAAAUAUAGAUAUUCAAGAUAACCACGAAGAGGCUACCAUUGGUGCUUUCCUCAUAAGUGACAUGGUUACUAAAAUGGCACAGAGUGAUGACUUAGAUAAUGACAUUGAUGAACUUCUGCAUGACUUCGAAUCAAAGUGCCAUAGACCAAUCUUGAACUGUAUUAUGUUUUAUUGACAAAUUAUUGUGUAACAUUGCCAAUAAUGCUUAAUGUUUGUAUUGCAUUUCAGUGCUUGCUGCUGACAAAUGAGAAUUUCCAUGAGAUAUUAACUAGGAAGUUUAAUAUUUUUAUACUGAAGCAAUAUGAGUAACAAUAGCUUUGAAAUAUUAUUACAAAAGACAAAACAUCAUUUGUAAA